AUGGCUAAGGGAGCUCGGAAUGGGGAAAAAUCUAAGGGGAAGAGCAACGGCAAGAAGCGAGGACCAUCUUCUUCGGACAGAAUCAUCAAAACGAGGUCCAUGGAUGAAAUCUUAGGAGUACAGGAACUGGAACUUGCAGAUGAUGUUGAGCUGGAAAAUAUGCAAUCGCAACUGGAUUCAUCUCGAGGAAUGCCGGACUCCAUGCCUGAUUCUACACCAAAGCAAAAUGUAAUCCGCACGGAUCUUGGCAGCUGGUUGUCUGCAUCUGAACAGGCUAUGCAGGAUGUGUUGUUAGGAAUUCAGUCUACUCAAAAUCAGGGGAGGAAAAUUAGUGUCAAAAUUGAUCCAGAAGAUAUAGAGGAUGAGAUUAACUUCUGGCAGCCUUCCAUUGUAUGCUAUGUUGUGGGAGCUAAUCCUCCGGUGGGUGUCUUAGAUGGAUUUGUUAGAAGGAUCUGGAAGGAAAAUGUAGAUAAAGUAGGAGUGCUUUCACGAGGAGUUUUCAUUAUCCGUUUCUGCAACUUGGAAUUUCGAGAUCGAGUGCUGAAUGGAGGCUACUUAUUCCUGGGUAAGAAACCGAUGGUUAUGAAGCCUUGGAAUCCAGUGGAUGAUUUCACAAAGGAGGAUAUUACUGUGGUUCCCACUUGGAUUCAACUGGGAGGACUGGAUAUCAAGUAUUGGGGUGAGAAAUAUUUAUUCAAGAUUGUGGGGCAAAUCGGGAAACCAAUUCAAGUAGACAGUAUCACCAAGUAUAGAGAUCGACUUCACUAUCCACGCAUCCUUAUUGAGAUCAGUAUGGAUCAACAAUUUCCAGCCACAAUUAGCAUUGUUAAUGAAUUUGAUCAGGAAAUUGAUAUUCAAGUUGAGUAUGAAUGGGUUCUAGUUGUUUGUAAAAAUUGCUCUGGGAUUGGGCAUGAUGCUCAAGUUUGUAGGAAAAAGACUCAGGGGACUCAAGUCUGGGUACCUAAGAAGUUGGAAACUGUGAAGAAUUCGGAGCCAGCAGUAGAUGAGGAUGGAUUUCAACGAUCCAACAAAGGAGUCAGGAGGACGGUAAUUUCUGCUCCAACAACAGUUAUGGCAAACAAGUUUGAUCUCUUGACUGAGGAGGUAGUGGAAGGAGGAAUAAGCAGGCUGAAUACAGAAGAGGGGGGAGCUCCCUCUCCAGGGCAUGGAUAA